GCAUGCUCUCUCUCUCUCUCUCUCAUUCAUGGAGGAUGUCCUUCCAUGGCUCUCGCAUCGUCUCGCGUCGCCAUCGCGCUAGCGCUGCUGACUCACCUGAGCUCCUCCGCCGCCGCCGCUAGGGCCGGCAUCCCGUCGACGCUGGACGGGCCCUUCGCGCCGGUGACCGUCCCCUUCGACGCCGGCCUCCGCGGGAACGCCGUCGAUCUCCCCGACACCGACCCCAGGGUCCGGAGGCGCGUCGGAGGCUUCGAGCCCGAGCAGAUAUCGCUCGCCCUCUCCGCCAACUACGACUCCGUCUGGAUCUCCUGGGUUACAGGGAACUACCAAAUUGGCAAUAGCGUUAUUCCAUUAGAUCCGAAAACUGUCGCCAGCAUUGUUUACUAUGGGACUGAAAAACAGCUAUUGAGUGAUGAAGCCAGGGGAACUUCUCUUGUUUAUAAUCAGCUUUACCCUUUUGAAGGCCUCCAAAACUAUAGUUCAGGAAUUAUCCAUCAUGUUCGUCUUCGAGGCUUGAAACCUAGUACGGUCUACUAUUAUCAAUGUGGAGAUCCGAGUAUUCCGGCCAUGAGUAACAUCUACCAUUUCAGGACAAUGCCAUUUCCAGGUCCUCAAAGCUACCCAAAUAGAAUAGCAGUAGUGGGAGAUCUUGGGCUUACAUACAACACAACUACUACAGUUCGUCACUUAAAGAAGAACAGACCUGACUUUCUCCUAUUGGUUGGUGAUGUAACUUAUGCAAAUCUAUACCUCACGAAUGGAACCGGAUCUGACUGCUACUCUUGCUCAUUUCCAAAAACACCUAUACACGAGACUUAUCAGCCACGAUGGGAUUACUGGGGAAGGUUUAUGCAGCCUUUAGUGUCUAAAGUUCCAAUGAUGGUGGUGGAGGGAAACCAUGAAAUAGAAAAACAAGCUGGAAAUCAUACCUUCGUUGCUUACAGCUCUAGAUUUGCAUUCCCAUCUGAGGAAUGUGGGUCUUCAUCAACAUUUUACUAUUCUUUCAAUGCAGGAGGUAUACAUUUUAUCAUGCUUGGAGCAUAUAUUGCCUACAACUUCUCAGCGGAUCAAUACAAAUGGCUGGUGAGAGACUUGGCUAGUGUUGAUAGAUCUUUAACUCCAUGGUUGGUAGCUGCUUGGCAUCCACCUUGGUACAGCACCUACAAAGCCCACUACAGAGAGGCAGAGUGCAUGAUGGUCGCACUGGAAGAGCUUCUGUACUCCUCAGGUGUCGAUAUAGUCUUCAAUGGACAUGUUCAUGCCUAUGAGCGCUCAAAUCGAGUAUACAAUUAUACGUUAGAUCCAUGUGGGCCAGUUUAUAUCACCGUUGGAGAUGGGGGUAAUCGGGAAAAGAUAGCAGUGAAGCAUGCUGAUGAACCUGGAAAUUGUCCAGAACCAUCAACCACCCCUGAUGAUUACAUGGGUGGCUUCUGUGCCGCUAAUUUUACGUCUGGGCCUGCAGCUGGUAAGUUCUGCUGGGACCGGCAACCUGACUACAGUGCCUUCAGAGAGAGUAGUUUUGGCCAUGGAAUAUUGGAGGUGAAGAAUGAGACAUGGGCUCUUUGGACAUGGUAUCGAAAUCAAGAUUCAUACACUGAUGUCGGGGACCAAAUAUUUAUAGCGAGACAACCGGAUCUAUGCCCUCUCCAUCAGAAGGCAACCAGCCAUUCGUCUCCAGCAUUGUAGAUUGCUUUGUAUUCACAAGGAAUGAAGGGAGAAUGGUGGGUUUUCGAUACUUUUCUGAAGGGUGAAAAUAGCAUAUCAUCUUCAAUCACACGAGUUCCCCUAUGUAAGUUGCAAAUACAACUGACAAAAUCUAUUCGUAGAAGCCAGAGCCACAGUCUGUAUACUGCUUCUACUCUGUUUUCUCUCUCUGUAGAUAAAGAAAGAAAUUACUGAUCCAGGACACCGUCGCACCCUCUCCACACCUGACAGCAUGGACGUGCACUCUUUGGUCUGACUAAGAGUGCGAUUUUCUGGCAAAGCUUCCUUGCUGCAUAGUGUUGUUCUCUUAACCGAUCCUAUUUUCAGGGGGUCAUGGCAAACCAUUAAAUAUACAUGCUUGAGUGGAAUUUCUUAGUAUUUGGAUGCU